AUGGCCAUGCCAGGCCAUUCUCCACCUUUCAGCACUCCUUCCAGUCCGCCACGGUCAUUUAAUGGCUAUUCUGAACCUCCAGGUCCUCCGACAAUGUACGGUCCUCCUUCUCGCCCGAUGCUACCGCCCUCUCCACAGCAUUUUCCUCCUCGAUUCUCUCAACCUUCUUUACCAGUUCCCUCUCCGGCAAUAGCUGCGAACAAUGGGCCUCCGCCGCCCCAUAAGAGACCAGGAAGUAGCAUGUCCAUAUCAUCGAUGUUGGGUACCGAACCAGAAAAACCGGUGCAUGAACAAUAUCACAAUCACAGUCAACCUUCAAGGACGCGCUCACGACAACCCUCUCUGUCCGGGCCAUCAAUGACACUGGGCGUGGUCAUGUCACCUCCACAAUACCCCUCCAAACCGAACACAAAUGAUUAUUCGUACAAAUCACGGUCAAAGACUCCAGAUCGAGUCACAGGAACAACCACGGGAGGACGACCGCAUCGUUCAAGUUCAGGCACAAUGACACAACGUCCUGGUCCUUUUUAUGAAUCGGCGCCGCCUACGCAACCAGCUAUGAAUACCUUCCCUGACGCCAAAUAUACGCCUCCCUUUGGUCCGACAGCCACGUCCAAAGAAGAUUAUCUCGAAGAUCACGGUCGUCGCACCAGUAUCAGCGGCAUUUUACAACGACCAGAGAGCCAACCUCAACCAAGCACCGUCACAUCCACGUUUCCUACAGCUUCCAACCCCCCCACCCGUCCAGAAAGUAUUCCCCCCUCUCCAGCACAAGUCGAUCGACCUAUUCAACCACCUAUAAACCGUCCUGAACCUCCGCGCUCCAAUAGUCACGUCGGGCCAUACGAUACUCGACCUCCCACCUUGCCGCGUCUUCCACAGGCCACCAGUGUGCCACAAACCGGACCCGCUCAGCCCGAACGGCCCCUUCCACAGUCUUUGUCACCGGAACUUCGACGGCUACACCUCAGUGGUAAUGAUAACCGAGGACUGGCAGGGAUUCUGAAUCAGCAACCUGAACCGGUUUUGGGUGCCCAGAACAUGAUGCGACAAGACUCGGUUCAAUCACAAAGUGAUCGAUCGGUGCUUGGCGAUCGGAUGCGGAACCGAGCCUACUCGCCUUUCGCCAGCUCCACCGCGUCACAAACCUUCUCUACAGUGUCAGGACCCUUGGAUGAUCAAUUGCGCAAAGGAACCGAUGAGUUGUCGCAGCAUAGAGCCAUUUUAGGUCUGGCCAACGAAUCCAAGCGAGGACGAUACUCCCCUCUCCCUCAGGCCGUGCAAGGCGCUCAGGCGCAGACACCGGUACCGGAUGCUGGCAUCAAAACCGAGCAUGGUCGAGUUUUCUCGGGCAUCGGAAGUGGAUUGGGUUCUGCCUCUGCCGGCCCAACUCCGACUCCUCAACCACUACCUGCGAGCCCAUUUAAGCGAGAUGAAGGUGGUUCGAGGUUAAGUGAGGAAAACCUCAUGAAGAUGUCUCGAAGUGCCUCAGGGAUUAGCAAACGGAAUCGCAAAGCUCUCGACGACGAAGUCCAUGCCGAAAGUGAUGUGGGCGAUGUAAAAAAGUCAGGUCCGGGUCGGGGAAAGAGAAGCAAAUAUCAACAUUCUUACAAACUGGAUUUGGAAGACGCCACCCUCGGACACCGCACAAGUUCGCCUUUUGCAACGUCGAAUCCAAUUCGACGGGCAGCCACUCCAACCUCAAACCCCCCCCAACUCGUACAUCACCAUCAGCUUCCACGCCAGCCUUCCGUCUUGGAAAAUACUCCAACUUUCAGACCUAAGAGGACCAUCAGGAUAUCUUCAGUUGUAGCUCUAGCCCGACGCAAUCCCCGUCGUCAUUUGGGUUUCUUCAAGUACAACCCGAUCCUUGCUCCAGUUGACCUGAAUAGGCCGACGGCCCAAAAAUUCGAUGUCUCAAUCCGUCCGAAUCUCCUGCCAUCGUUCACGGACGCGGAGCAUAUCAACUGUACAUAUACAGUACGCGUCCCGAGACAAUGGAUCCAACAACGGGAACGGGGCAUAAUUUGCGCGGAACGAUAUCUAUGGGGUUCUGGGAUCUACACUGAUGAUUCUGAUCCCAUUGCCGCAGCAAUGCAUUCUGGGUUUAUUACUUCCGUCCAUCCACCGGGUAUUGAUGAGGCACUGUUGGCGAGAGUAAUCGAAGAACAGAAUCCUCGGAUUGAAGGGAGCAUGGCUCCGGAAAAACCGAAGCCCAUGGAAGAAAACAAAGACUUACAUAUUACGCUCCUUGUCCUGCCUCAACUGGAGGAGUAUGUUGAGAGCGUACGCUUCGGCAUCAAAUCGCGGAGUUGGCCGGAAGAACCGGACCCAUCACCUCCCACGACGUCUGGUUCUAGAGCAGCAGCUUCGAGCAAAACACCGCACGACGGUGUGAGUUUCAUGGUCUUGAAAACCGAGUUCGUCAACGACGGCACAGAAGUAAAACGUGUAGGACGAACAGGGAAAGAAAAAAGGGAAAGACUGCGGAGAGAGAUAAUGGAGCGGAAACGAGGACUCGAGCUCGAGAAGCAACGAAUUGCCAUGGCGGAAAUGAAAGUGAGGGAACGCCAAAAGGAAUUGAAACCCGGACCUGGGUCUGGAUCCAAGAAGGCCAAUAGUAAAGGGCUCGAGAUCACGAAUUCGACUUCGGGGACAAUGGAUAAGUCGUCGAGGAAUUCGAAGUUGAAAGAUGCGGCGGAUGGGGAGAACCUCCCUCCUGACUCACAGGAGCAGGAGAAUGAGAACGAGAAUGGGACGAGCACUGAGGAUAUGAUGAAGCUUGAUGUCGGCCAAAGUCCGGGUGAUUGGAUCCGUCAACUCGCUGUUGCCACUGCUUAG